GCGCGCGUCGUCGACGUGAUCGAGGCGCUCUGAGUGUCUGCCCGCCGCCCGCCCCGCAGCGUAGCGGCCUCCCCGCAGCACCAGCGCUCUCCCCGCGCCUCCCAGCACUACAGACGCGCUCUGCUCUCGCCUCACGUCACCUGAUUACGCCGUCCAGCGCGACUUCAAAGCCCAGACGCAGCUCAUGACCACGGCGUCGACAAUGUACAUGGAGACCGUGUCGCUGAACGACGACGCGCCCCCGUCGUCGGCCUCGGCCCCCACCUCGACGGUGCUGGACGUGGACUCGCUGGAGUCGCAGUUCUCGCAGCCGGCGGCGCUCAAGGCCUCCAAGGACGCCGCGUCGUCGCCCGAGAUCGCGGUGCCCGUGUCCGACAGCGAUAGCGACGAGGACGGCAACGGCCAGAACAAGGACGUGAACGUGCAGUCAACGGGGGCCAUCAACGGCCUGAGCUUCCAGAAGCACGCGGACGACGCCGUCGUGGUGGACGUGGACCUCGGACACAGCGACAGCAACGGCUUCAGCAGCCAGAAUGGCAACCAGCAGCAACACGCGCUGCCCCCGCUGCGCGUCAUGACGCAGAAGCUGCCCGUGGAGGAGCGAGACUACGUGGACACGACGCUGUUCUCCCCCGAGGUCUCGAGGCAUGCCAUGGAGGUGGCCCAUCGCCGUGCAAAAGCUAUCGCCAACGAGGUCAAGGAGAUGAUCGAGUUGGAAGGCGAAGUAGCAGGCGCCGCCAAGACCAAGAUGUCCCCGGCCGAAGCUGUGGGCAUCAUUGGCGGCGCCUUUGCGAGCUCGCUGCAACGCGCCAAGAAGUUGGUGAAGCCUGGAACCAAGGAAUACGAUCUAUUGUCUGGGACAUCCCCGUCGGCAGGCAUGUCAAAACUGGACGAUCUUGAUAGGGACGGAGACGGACUGCAGCUGUCGCCGGAUGCAACGCAAAGCGACGGAAAGCACUUCCGUACGCCUAAAUUGAGACCCGCGCUGAAGCGGAUCUCGGCGUACUCGGCGGCAGCUGCGCUUGAACCUGAGAAGAAGACCUCGAGUACUCGGCAACAGAAGAAGAAAGGCAUUCAGUGGCACGAAGACGUGCUGGACGCCGAUGAGGAGUUCUACGAAGACGACAGCGAGGAGCAGGAGACACGCUCGCUCAUGAAUGGAGACGGAGAUGGCAUCAACAACAGCAACGGAAGCCCUCGACCCCAGAUCCUCAACUACAGCAGCAAGAAUGACGGACAGCUCACGCCUCGCAGCAAGAAGAAACGCAAAAAGCUGGUCAGGACCAUGAUGCGGCGACUCACGCCGCGCGAGAAGGAGGAGCUGUACCGACAACGACCAGAUCUGAUGAUUGUGCCGAACUGGGCGCAGAAGUACCGCGAGGAGCUGGCGGGCGAGGACUCGACUCGCUGGAAUGCCUGGCUGCUUGGACUUAUCUCGGUGUUGGCUGUGCUGCUGUUGGUGUUCGUUCUGCUCAUCGUGCGGCAGCGCGCCGCCGCCGCGACUUAAAUCAACCAAGUAGCCGGACCCCAUUAGAGACGAGCGGCCACGCGGGACGUGGCCUGCUCCCAGUUUUUGCUGCUUUAUGUUUGGCUUGUUUGAUUGAACCUUAUAGCUUGACGCGCAGAGAGAGCGAGCGAGGCGAGUGGAGAACUGCGCUACCAGAUCACAACUACGAACUCACAUUCCAUAAAAUAUUUACUGGGACGUC